AUCGCCAAGAGUUUGCCAUCUAUAAAAGGGUUUACGCGGCCCUCCAAAGUUACCAUUCGUCGCGAACUCUUCGAUAACCGCAGAUCAAAACACCAACCAACAAUCACCAUGAAAUUCCUGAUUGUCUUCGUCGCCCUCUUCGCCGUGGCUCUGGCUGCUCCUCCACAAAACCAAGAUGCCCAAAUCCUGCGGUUGGAGUCCGAUGUUGGACCCGAUAGCUUCAAAUACGACUGGGAGACUUCCGAUGGACAGGGUGCUCAAGCUGAGGGUCAUCUGAACAACGUUGGAACUGAGAACGAGUCUCUCGCCGUCCAUGGAUCCUACAAAUUCGUUGGUGACGAUGGUGUCACCUACGAGGUUGCAUACAUCGCCGAUGAGAACGGAUUCCAGCCCCAGGGUGCUCAUCUGCCCGUUGCCCCUGAGGCCUAAGUGAAGUUGGUUUUACAGUCAGCUGCUUUUAAGCCAGCCAGUCCUACAAAACUCUUUGUUAUUCCCAACUUUUACCUACAUCCGGUUUUCCUUUUUUAAAGGAAAGAAUUCCUAAGUUACAGAACGCAGUUUGUUGAAUAUUAAAAAAAUGUAGAUUUUACUAUA